CUUGCAGAUCCACACCGAUCUCCCCCUCUCCCCACCAAUGCUUCCCUCCAGAUCUAUGACAGGAGGUUGUCAGCUGCUGGCCGCUGCCCUCCUACUGGCCGUCACGGCAGUCCGUGCACAGGUCAGUGAUGUGUGCGAGUUGCUCGAGUCAGGCAGCAAGGAGCUGACCCUCAACAAGACCAACGUGCAUUGGGGCUUCUUCGACAACACCCUCGAGCCCAAAUUGUGCGUCAAGAAAGCGAAAAAGCACGGCAUGUGUUGAUCUCGUGUGUGUGUGUCUGUGCGUCAGGUACGUCAAGAGUGGGGAUGAGGUGACGAUAGAGAUGGCCACACACCAGGCGUGUGAUGACUGGGACAAAAUGAUCGGUACGUACAGCACUCUUCCCGUGGGACACGGCAGCGAGAUCUGGCGCUCAUGUGGGUGUGCAUGCAGGCGAUGACGAGGGUCUACGAUCUAUCUAUGACUGGGAGACCGGCAUUCCCUUUGCCGACCGGUUCGCCACGCACAUCCUCACCGGGCCCAUUGCCGUCUGCGGCGCAGAGCCAGGCGAUGUCCUGCAGGUACCGCAACUCAGUCGCCGUCAUAUCGACAAACGUGCUGACGUGGCUGUUGGUAACAUGUUGUGUGCAGGUGGAGAUCAUGGAUCUGCAGCCAAGGCCAGGCCCCAACGGCACAUCUUAUGGCAGCAACAUGGGCGGGUACGAAUCACUCACUACCAUGAGUGAAAGACUACGGCAAACUGGACAAGCUCAGGGAGAUUGCUUGCCGCUCACAUUAUUCAGAUUUUGGGGCUACCAGUACCGUGUGUUGAAUCGUGAAGGAGAAGUCUGGAAGGCCGGCGAGAGGACAGGGCACGAAGACGAGCCUGAUGAAGAGUUCAUCGCCAUUUGGUACACCCAUCCACCCACCCUUUCACCCACCCACCGCACACGUGUGAGAGUCUCGUGUAUGUAUCUUAUGUGUUUGUGUGCAGGAGGCUGAGCGAGGAGAACGGCACUUGGUUCGGGGAGCUGGACUACAUGUUCGACUACCCAUCAAUCAUUGACCCGACAGGGCGGGUCUCCACCUUCCGAGUCAAGCCGGGCAGCUGCGUCGCUCACACAUAUGAGGGCUUCUCUGCCGUGGUGCGCAUGCACUGCACGGACGUACUUUCAUGGAUGGAUGGACUGAUGUCCGUGUGUGUGUGUGUGUGUGCGUCAGCCGCAAGAGAUGGGUUUUGACACGGUGGCCCCGAUCAACUACACCAAGGACGCACCCCCAUUCAGGAUCAAACUCAAUCCGCACAUCGGUAGGUUGCCCAGCCACCCAAGACGCCCCACCAACACCAACACAUGGCUGCCUGUCUGUCUGUCUGUCUGUCUGCGCACAGGCAACAUGGGCCUGGCGCCUGACUAUGAGGGUAAGGUCAACUCAGUGCCGCCGAUGGCCUCGGGGGGGAAUCUCGAUGACAAACGCAUCGGUCCCGGCACCACCAUGUACUAUCGAGUGGAGGUGCCUGGCGCCCUGCUCUCGCUCGGGGAUGCACACGCGGCACAGGUACUCUCAUCAACCACAUGUGCCAGAGAGAAUGAGAGCCGCAUGCACUUGUGUGGGUGGCUUGGUAUGGUGUCUGCCAGGGCGAUUCUGAGCUUGACGGGACCGGGGUCGAGACGAGCAUGACGGCAAAGCUCAAGAUCACGCUGCUCAAGCAAAGUGAGGGUCGAUACUUUUGACGCCAUUCGGUCGGUGGUCGCGGUGGACCGUGUGUAUGUGUAUAUGUGCAUGUGUAUGUGUAUGUGUGUGUAGAUGAGCUGCCCUUGUGGCUGGUCAACAUGGAGCAGCCGAUCGGGGAGACAGCCGACGAGUACAUCAUCCACUCAUUCACGCGCAGGAACUUCCUUACCGAACUGGAAGACCCCAACACUGACGUCUUCCAGUAAGCAGGGGCACGUGUGUGUAGAUAUAUAUGUGUGUCUCUGGUGACCCCUCCUCCCGCCCCGUCUCUGUCCCUUUCUCUGUGUCGUGUGCAGAGUGUCCAACUUUGACGACGUCAUGGCCAACACCCUGCUCACGGUCCGUAAUUUUCUGAUGGACCGGUACGGUGUCGCCGAGCACGAGGCGCCCGACAUCAUCUCGCUCGGUGUGAACUUCGGCGUCACCCAAGUGGUCGACGGCAACUGGGGCGGCCACGCACUGGUCCCCAAGAGCAUCUUCCCGCCGUAUGAGGGCUUCAAGGGCUUCACAAUCCCCGAGCAGGAGCCCGGCGGUGAGUGAGCCACCACCCACCGACCCACCCACCCACACACACACACCCCGACACAUCCGUCGUGAGAACAAUCUUCUGUCUGUGUGUUUUCCUUCCCAUCAGCCGGCCUUGAGCCAGUGGUGGUUGGCCCUGUUGACGCCGAUACAGCCGAGGAGGGCUGUGCGGUGCCGCGCGGCUACAAGGAGCUGCCUCUCACAUUCGACAGUGUGGGUGCCUUCGGGUUCUGGAGCAAGAACAUCAAGCCCCGUCUGUAUGUGCACAGUGGGGACAUGGUGCGCUUCGAGACGGCGACCCCCCUCGGCUGCAGCGAUUGGGACCACGUGAGCAUACGCACACACACCCACGCGCUAGUGGCUGGCUGUGAUCAAGCGGAUUUCUGUGCGUGCAGAUCUCUAAGGGCGACCCGCCGAUGGAGGCCAUCUUCAAGCGUGACGGUGAUGGCACCCCGCCCCUGCAGAAGGACGGCCGCAUGUUCCCGGAACACCUUGGGCACGUCCUCACUGGGCCCAUUUACAUCUGCGACGUGGCGCCUGGGGACAUCGUCAAGGUGAGAGCGAAUCAUGACAGAUUGACAAACAGACAGACCGCUACACUGCACACCAAUGUGUGUGCGUGCGUGUGUGUGUGCGUGUGUGUGUGUUGUGUGUGUAGGUUGAGUAUCUCGACAUGAGGCCGCGCGUGAACCCUGCGGGCAGGAUGUUCGGACUCUCCGACGGGGUGUUCAUCGGCUACCAGUUCCGCAUCCCCACGCGUGACGGCCGCACCCUGGUCUGGCCGCCAACAGCCGAGCUGAGGUCCGACUCUUGGGGCAGUCUCUGGUCAGCACUGCGCCUAUGCACAAACACUUUGUGCGACGAUCGGGCCACGUGUGUGUCAGGGAGAUGAAGCGAGACGAGAGCGGCGGCUACUACGCCGAGCCCGAGCACUUUUAUCAGUACGAGGUGGUCACGUCGCCCACCAACCAGACUUUGUAUGAUUUCGAGUGGUGGUGCACUCCACACAACUACCCCAACAGCAGCGGAGACGUCCAGUCGUGGUCAGCAAAGGCGAAGCAUACACACGAGGAGGGAAACUUCUCUGUUUAUGUGCGUGUCUGUGUGUGUGAAAUGCCGAUGUGUGUGCAGGGGCUGGUCCUCGAAAGAGCUGGAGUACCUCCCUCCCUCCGUCAAAGUGAGUGCACACCAAUCACUGCACCCACACAUGAACACGCGACCCGGGGUGUCUGUCUGUCUGUGUUGCGUCCUCAGGUGCGCAUUCCCCUCCUGCCGCACUUCGGUUGCUUCGGCCUGGCCCCCGAGACCUACCCCGAAGGCGACGACAAGAUCAACAGCAUCGCGCCCAUCGGCCGUGUCGGGGGCAACAUGGACGAGAGGCUGUGGACCGUCAACACCACCGUCUACCUGAAGGCAGAGGUGCCGGGGGGCCUCUUCUCGGCUGGGGAUGGCCACGCUGUGCAGGUGGGUCGGUGAGUGAAUGAGUGAGGCAACCAGGGAGGGAGGGAGGGAGGCAGGGGUGAGAGAUCUCUCGGCCAUGUCUGUAUGUGUGUGUCGGGAUGGAUGCAUCAGGGUGCGUCUGAGUUGGACGGUACUGGCCUGGAGGUGUCCCUUGACGGCACCGCCAUCUUCACCGUCAUCAAACAAGGUACGUACGUCAUGUAUGUAAUCGAAGAGAGAGAGGGAAAGUCUAUUAGAGAGAGAGGACACUAAACAGCUGCGUGUGCUGCCCUCUCUGCAGGCACCCCUGAGUAUGACAAGGCUAUGGAGUCCCUCGAUGCCCCACUCGGCGAGACCGACACACACUGGAUUUCCCUGGGCCUCUCUGUGGAAAACUACCUCGGUCGGUAAUCAAACAGGCAGAGGCACGCACAAAUGUCCCCUAAAGUGUGUUAGUCUAAUCGGUCGGUUGGCUCAUCAGAGCACUUUGCUGCCAACGGCGAGGGGGCCGACCCUUUUGCUGCGCUGGCUGCCGUGACUGGGUACAAGCCUGACGAGCCCGACGGCGGGCUGGAGGACGGCAGUGGGCCGGAGGGCAGAUAUGGCGCAGUCAGGAACACCUACAUCAACGCACGCAACUUCGUCAUGGUGAGGGACGGAGGGGGAAACAAAGGAGGAGAGACAGUGACACAGGGCUCUCUCUGUGCGUCUGUCUGUCUGCCUGUGUGUGUCAGGACAAGUACAACCUGAGUGAGAAGGAGGCCCUGGCUGCUCUGACGGUGGCGGGCGACAUAGCUCUGACCGAGGUGGUCGACACAAAUAUGGCCAUGCACUACAAGAUCGACAAAGGCAUCUUCGACGGCAUCGUGCAGCAGAGGCGGCAGUAGAUGAACAUAUGGAUGGACAUAUCUCUGUGCGCUCGUUGAGUCGCGCCGGCUGCGAGCGAACGACUGACUGACUCGUGUGUUGAGUGCUGCAUUGCCUGCCUGCCUGCCUGCCUGCCUGUGAGAGCAUGUCUACAGCUGUCUGUGUGUUUGUUGCCUAUUUGCCU